AUGGCCGACGGCACCACCGUCAGUGGCUCCCGCGAUAUGGCGCUUGUGCGCUGGGACAAGGAGGAGAAAAACUUCGAAGCCAUCACACGUAUCGUCGGUGUUUCGCAGACACACCAGGCGCUCACCUGCAUGACCGCGUUUGACGCCAACGUUGUGCUCUGCGGCUCCAUGGCUGGCAGCAUUCUCGCCGUGGACUGCGCCUCUGGCGUGCAGGUGGCGGCAUUACGCGGGCACACCAGUCGUGUGAAUGCGCUGGUCGUCAUGGAGGAUCUUCUCUUCUCCGCGUCCGAGGACGGCUACGUGAAUGUCUGGAACACGCGUAGCGAUGAGCCACGACCCGCGCUCGCCUUCCAGCAGAGCUGCAAGUUGCUGAAGCGCAUUCCUGUGCAGCUCGCGGUGCGCGAUAUGGUGCCACACGAGGGCUCCCGCAGCUUGUGGGUGUCGUAUGCCGACGGUCUGGUGGAGCGGUGGAGCGCAAACCCCGACGAUGACUUUGGUGUCGAGCAGGUGAUUCGUGAGGCCUUCAUAAACCCCAAUGAGUCGCAGACGCAACGGCACGAGGUGGUGUCGCUCCAGUGCGUGGGUACACUAGAAACGAUGCGUGUGCUCGCGUUGGGCAGCAAUGGUGUGAGCAAGGUGUGGUGCGGUCACCGCAACGUGGUGGAGGAUGCACUCCAGCAUUCGAUCAACCAAAUGCACGAUAUCAUUACGCAAGAUACUACAGAAGCGGCGGCGUGGGAGCAGAAGGCAAUUGCGCUAAAACGCAAAGAGGUGCAGCGCAAGCAGAAGUACAGUGCACUUCUGAGCCGUCUCCAUGCGCGUCGGUUACUUUUUGGAUACUAUACAAGAUGGCGCAUGCGGCUGAAGUCUCACCUCCUGCGUGGUCGGCAACAGGAGGAGAUCUGUCUCAACCUUGAGGAGCGCCAUCAAUUUCAUUUGCUGCGGCGCUACUUCGCCAUGUGGUGUGGAUUCUACGACCGUGAACAGCGACGGCUCCGUCGACAACUCAUCGCGCUGGCCCUGGAGCGCUUCUCCCACCUGAGUUGGGUGGCGAGGGUGCUCUCCCGCUGGAAGGAAGCUGUCUCGUGCCGCAAGAUGCGGAGGCAACAAGAUAAAGUGUUGACCGUACUCACGCGGGUGUCCACUGGUGUGCUCUUGUCGAAGUUCUUUGCGCGCUGGCGUUGCUACGGCAACAUGCGACGCGGCACUCUACCAGAGGGGAAGCUCGCCAUUGUGGUUGCAAAGGCUAGGCAACGUGUUAUGCGGCAGGCGUACGAGGACUGGACCUUGGCCCACGCUCAGCGCGUAGCAAAGAAGGCCACUGUUUCUUCUGGGGAAGCUGGCCCCAUCACCAAAAGGGCACCAUACGCAGGAGGAUUCGCUGAGGCAUACGCGAAGGUGACAAUGGAGCGGGAGCGCCGCCGCAUCUUUACGGCGUGGCGCCGCUGGUACGACCGCCGGCGCCGGAUGAUUUCACUGCGUGCAAUGGCAACCGCGAAGGAGGCACACUCUCACCGGAUCACCAUGCAACGCCGAUUUCUUUUCUGGCAGCUCUUCUGCCAGCAGCGGCGCCUUGACACACUGGCGCGCGAGGUGCAAGAUGUAGAGGCGCGCCUCCGUCUUGCAGAAGAGACCCACGCGGACAUAUUCGAUAAACUGCAGCUGCAAAAGCGUGUGGACCAGCUGCGCAGGCAACACGAGGCAGAACGGCGGCAGCUACAGGAGGAUCUUGCGCGAGCACAAAAACUCAUUGCCGAACGGGACGUAAUUCGCCGCUCGCUGGACCGUGGGGAUGGCAUCGGUGCAGACGAUGAAAUAAGCGGCACGGCGUCACACACACUCUUCGCACCCAGUGUGCUGCGGCAGCUUCCGGUAGAGGAGGCGAUGGCGUUCGUGAUGACGAGGCUGAAGGGCAUCGUGCUGAACACCUACACCGACAUGCCGCUCUUCCGUCAGAUCAAAGACCGCCUGCGCUGCGGGACCACAGCCGCUGUUGUGUUUCUCGAGGGCUUCCACGAGGUGAAGCGGCUCGUCGUCAACCUUUCCAAGAAGCCGGUGGGCGCAACGUGGCGCAGCGGCGAGCGGUGGCCGCUCCACACUGAGGCGCUGGAAGGGCUUCCGCUACACCCCUGCACCACCGUCGUGCAGGCGAUCAAGGCGAUGGUUGUGGCGUACGACAUGGUGGGGGUGGCCGACGUCGAGAGCGUCGCGGCAACGCGCGAGGAGAUUGUGGCUAAUGCGGAUCUUCUCUUUGCGCUGUGGCGUGCGUGCUACGCCGCGCGGAAGCCGACGCUGCCUGUGAACAAUAGAGUGAGUGGGCGCUCGUGA